UAUCGAAUCUCAGCAUGUCUUGCCAGAAGUGGUUCACAACUAAUUUGGGCUGAACUCAGAAGUUUCUCCGCCUUUGGUUCGAAGGGUUCCUAAGCACAAAAUUCAAAAUUUAACAGGUAUUUCGGUAGACUCUUGUAGAACAUGAACCAAUGUCGGCUGAGGAGCCUGGUGCGGAUCAGGAGGAGCCUGGCACUGGGUCUGCGAGGAACUGACCACCGCCUCCUCGCCCGUCAAGCUCUCCGUACCAUUCAAACGACCGGACAGGGGCGUGGUGUCCACGAUCUGGACUCCUUCGCCAAUGGAUGCAGUGCCGCCUACAUCGAAGGUCUCUAUAAGAAGUGGAAGCGCAAUCCCAAGUCCGUGGAUGAGUCCUGGAACGAGCUAUUUAGCGGCAACGAUCGGACCACCACCAAUAGGCGCCCUCUUCCGGCAUCGCACUCCCGGAAGAACAGACGUCCUCCGGUUGAAAGGACAGUGGUGAAGGCUCGUUCGGGCGAGAGGACGGCUUCUGGCGGCGCAUCUGCAGCUCCAGCCGCACCUCCCAGCGACUGGAAGAACAUUGAUGACCACCACGUGAUCCAGGCCAUCAUCCGAGCCUAUCAAUCGCGCGGCCAUUUGGCCGCCGAUCUGGAUCCCUUGGGUAUUGUUGGUCCGAAAAAGCAUACGUCUGUGGAUGGCACUCAGCGGCAUGCCGCCAGGGAAGUGCUUCGGCAGCACUACUCCUACAUAUUUAGUGAUCUCAAUACCAUGUUCAAGUUGCCCUCAUCCACAAUGAUAGGCGGUGAUGAGGAGUUUCUCACACUAAAAGAGAUCCUGGAUCGCUUGGAGCGCAUCUACUGCGGCCACAUUGGAGUGGAAUACAUGCAGAUCACGUCGUUGACAAAGACCAACUGGAUACGCGACCGUUUCGAGAAGCCUGGUGGCUUUGACCUGACCAAGGCGGAAAAGAAGCUCCUGCUUGAGCGUCUCACUCGCUCGACGGGAUUCGAAAACUUCCUGGCGAAGAAGUUUUCAUCGGAGAAGCGUUUCGGACUGGAGGGCUGCGACAUCAUGAUACCCACUAUAAAGGAGGUGGUGGACCGGGCUACGGAUCAGGGCGUGGAGUCAAUUUUAAUAGGAAUGGCACAUCGUGGGCGUCUCAAUGUCCUGGCCAACAUCUGUCGCAAGCCCAUUUCAGACAUCCUGUCUCAGUUCCACGGCCUAAAGGCCACCGACUCCGGUUCCGGGGACGUUAAGUACCAUCUGGGGAUGUUCCAAGAGCGGCUCAACCGACAAACAAACCGUAUGGUGCGCAUCACCGUUGUGGCGAAUCCCUCUCACUUGGAGCACGUCAACCCGGUGCUCCUAGGUAAGGCCCGGGCGGAGAUGUUCCAGCGCGGAGACACGUCUGGCAGCAAGGUGAUGCCCAUCAUCAUCCACGGAGAUGCAUCCUUCUCCGGCCAGGGCGUUGUCUACGAAUCGAUGCACCUAUCCGACCUGCCCCGCUAUACCACCUACGGCACCAUUCACAUCGUCACCAACAACCAGGUGGGAUUCACGACAGAUCCGCGCUUCUCCCGCUCCUCGCGCUAUUGCACCGACGUUGCCAGGGUGGUGGAUGCUCCGAUACUGCACGUGAACGCCGACGAUCCGGAGGCUUGCAUCCAGUGUGCUCGCAUUGUCGCCGACUACCGGACAAGGUUCAAGAAGGACGUGGUCAUUGACCUAGUUGGCUACCGCCGCAACGGGCACAAUGAGGCGGAUGAACCCAUGUUCACCCAGCCCCUGAUGUACCAGCGCAUACGGAAACUAAAGCCAUGUCUCCAGCUGUACGCGGAAAAGUUGAUCAAGGAGGGAGUCGUCACGGACAGCGAAUUCAAGGCAAUGGUGGCCGAAUACGAAAAGAUCUGCGAGGAUGCUUGGACCGAGUCCAAGGCCGUCAAAACCAUUAAGUACUCCUCCUGGAUCGACUCUCCCUGGCCAGGAUUCUUCGAGGGCCGCGACCGACUGAAACUGUGCCCCACUGGCAUCAGCAUAGAGACCCUGAAGACGAUUGGCAACAUGUUCUCGAGUCCUCCGCCGUCGGAGCACAAGUUUGAGACGCACAAGGGCAUCCUUCGCAUACUGGCCCAGCGCACGCAGAUGGUGCAGGAUAAAGUGGCGGACUGGUCGCUGGGCGAGGCGUUCGCCUUCGGCUCGCUCCUUAAGGAGGGCAUCCAUGUUCGACUAUCCGGUCAGGAUGUGGAGCGCGGUACCUUCUCGCACCGGCACCACGUCCUGCACCACCAGACGGAAGACAAGGUGGUGUACAACUCACUGGAUCACCUCUAUCCCGACCAGGCGCCCUACUCCGUUUGCAACAGCUCCCUCUCGGAGUGUGCGGUCCUCGGAUUCGAGCACGGCUACUCCAUGGCCAGUCCCCAUGCCCUGGUCAUGUGGGAGGGCCAGUUUGGGGACUUCUGCAACACGGCGCAGUGCAUCAUCGACACGUUCAUAGCCAGUGGCGAGACCAAGUGGGUGCGCCAGUCCGGAGUCGUCUUGUUGUUGCCACACAGCAUGGAGGGCAUGGGCCCGGAGCACUCUUCCGGCCGCAUAGAGCGCUUCUUGCAGAUGAGCGACGACGAUCCGGACGUGUAUCCAGACACCUGUGACGCCGACUUUGUGGCUCGCCAGUUGAUGAAUGUUAACUGGAUUGUGACGAACCUCUCCACACCCGCGAAUCUGUUCCACUGCCUGCGCCGACAGGUGAAGAUGGGCUUCCGUAAACCACUGAUUAACUUCUCGCCCAAAUCACUGCUGCGCCAUCCGCUGGCACGAAGUCCCUUCAAGGAUUUCAACGAGUGCAGUAGCUUCCAGCGCCUAAUCCCCGACAAAGGACCCGCCGGCAAGCAGCCCGAGUGCGUCAAGAAGCUGGUCUUCUGCACGGGAAAGGUCUACUACGAUCUCUUCAAGGAGCGCGACGAUCACGAGCAGGUGGAGACGGUGGCCCUGGUGAGGGUGGAACAGGUGAGACGGCUGCUCCUACACCGCCUCUUGUACAUGAUAAUGAUUCCGCAAAUCCUCCAGAUCUGUCCCUUCCCCUACGACCUGAUCAGCCAGCAGCUGGAGCUGUAUCCCACGGCGGAGUUGCUGUGGGUCCAGGAGGAGCACAAGAACAUGGGCGCCUGGUCCUACGUGCAGCCACGUUUCGACACGGCGCUCCUCAAGAACGAAAACGAAUCCCGCUGCGUUUCCUAUCACGGACGACCGCCCAGCUCCUCGCCAGCGACGGGCAACAAGGUGCAGCACUACACCGAGUACAAGGCCCUGAUCAACAGCGUCUUUGGAGAGCUGACCCCGGAGAACAAAAAGCGUCUCGAGGAUCAGGUCAAAAAGCAGCAAGCUAAGGCCAAGGCGGACGCGCAAUCGAAGCCCAGUACGAAGCCACCAUCCUCUCCACCGAAAGGCGGUUCGCCGCCACCAGCUCCUACAGGUCCAGCACCCCGUAAGCCAUUGAUUAGUAUGCCAAGUAGACCUCCAAGGGGAGGAUCUUCAGGAAAGCAGAGGACCGGAUCGGCUCCAGCUCCUGAUCUGGUUGAUGAAGCUUCAGCUGCUCGAAAUAGCGAACCGGAUUCUCCCGCACACGACGGCGCGUCACCGUCAGCCUGGAAGAGGUCGGGGUCGGCUCCAGCACCGAGCUUAGCUCCCAGGGCAUCAGCCUCUCGGAGUCCAGCACCUGCUCACGACGGUGUCUCACCAUUCACUAGGGAAGAAUCCUCACGCAAGAAGAGGUCAGGCUCGGCGCCAGCUCCGACGCAAUCUCCUAGUGGACCAUUAAGGACUGCGCCCUCAAAGCCAGUUUUCAUAAAGCGCAGACCUGAAAAAGAAUCGCAAAGAAAUCCCGAAGAGUCGAAGCUGGACCCAACAAAACCAGAACGCUAGUUUAAAUUCUUUGCAUU